UAAAAAUUCCCCUCUUCGCUCCUCUCUUCCAGAUUCAUCGCUGCUGCUCCUCGCUGCCUCGCUCUCUGUGAACUGUGCUAUGGCUAGGGUUCCAAGCAAACACGGCCGGGACCAAGCUCUGGAGUUCCAGGGAUUUUUGAAUGAUUUGCAGGAUUGGGAACUUUCGCUUAAGGGCAAAGACAAAAAUUUGAAACGGCAUGCUCCUGAUAAGGAUAAGUUGCCUGCUGAGAAACACAAAUCUAUUGGAAAAGCUACAGUAGCUGAGUCUUCAAGAAGUAAUUCAGGACAGUAUGAUUAUUUGAGAUAUAAUGAUGCACUUAGUCGUAUAUCAAGUUGUGGAUCCGAAGAGUCUCUUCCAGAUGCUACUUCAGAGAAAGAACUAGGUAACGAGUAUUUUAAACAGAAGAAAUUUAAUGAAGCUAUUGACUGCUAUUCAAGAAGCAUUGCACUGUCACCAACAGCUGUAGCUUAUGCAAAUAGAGCAAUGGCCUAUCUUAAAAUCAGAAGAUUUGAAGAGGCUGAGGAUGACUGUACAGAGGCCUUAAAUCUUGAUGACCGCUAUGUAAAAGCAUAUUCACGCCGAGCAGUGGCUAGGAAAGAACUUGGAAAGCUUAAAGCAUCCAUGGAGGAUUCUGAAUUUGCGAUGCGGUUGGAGCCUAAUAAUCAAGAGCUCAAGAAGCAGCAUGCUGAUGUUAAAUCUUUGUAUGAGAAAGACAUUCUUAAGAAGGCAUCUGGAGCCAUGAGAAGCCCUGCACAGGGAGCACAAAAGACCAGGAUCCCAGAGGCAACAGUCAGUCAAAAUGGGGCUCAUUCCAUCUCAAAAGAUGAGAGAGCUGCAGUUAAAGCGGUUCACCCUAAGGAGAAUGAGGGUCAAGCCUCUGGAAAGGCAUCCUUACAUAUAGAGGAAGUAGAGAAUAAAAAUAUCAGGAGGGGCAGUAGAAGCGAAGGCCUUCCUGCAGGUGCCACUCAGAGUUCUAGUCCAAUGGAUGCUAAGCAAGAUCAUAAUAUGAGAAAGCAGCGGUUGAAUGCAUCAGUUCAAGAGCUUGCUUCCCGAGCAGCUUCCCGAGCAAAGGCUGAAGCUGCAAGAAACAUCACACCACCAAAUACGGCUUAUCAGUUUGAGAACUCUUGGAGAGGUUUUUCUGGUGAUCGUGCAUUACAGGCUCAGUUAUUGAAGGUUACAUCUCCAACCGCAUUACCGAAGAUAUUUAAAAAUGCAUUGACUGCUUCUAUGCUUGUAGAUAUCAUCAAAUGUAUCUCUACCUUUUUCAGAGAAGAAAUGGACUUAGCUAUCAGAUAUAUAGAGAAUUUAACAGAAGUCCCAAGAUUUAAUAUGCUGAUCAUGUGUCUUUCAUCUGCAGAUAGAGCCGAUCUUCUCAGGAUAUGGGAUGAAGUACUUUGUGAUGAUGCAACUCCAAUCGAGUAUGCAGAGAUUCUUGAUAAUCUGCGGCCAAAAUAUUGCGUGGGUCAUUGAUGGACAAACAUGGAUGAGGAUGGAAUUUGCUUGGUUGUGACUUUUAGCUGGAAAAUCCGAGAACUGGUUGAUUUUGAUGUUUUCUUAGGUUGUUCCUUUUCUCGGAUUUUUAAUAUUCGGCUGUAAAUGGCUCCACCAACCAAUUUACGAGAUCCCAAAUUCGAGAUCUCGAGGUACUGCUACUACAAUCAUGUUUACAAUAACUUUAUGUUAGAAAAUUUUAAAACA